CACAAGACCAACCACUGAUGGCUCCCAUAGCUGCCUCCCAUACAGAAGACCAAGAUCAAGCUGCGCUCCUCCAACAAAAGUUACAGCCCGAAGCGGUAGUCUCACAACGUAGCGAUUACGCCCCUAGAUCAGGUCUACGAUCCCAACUAUUUUCAACCCUUGGAUACGAUCAAGACCCUCAUGAUGAUGAGUACACUCUAGAUGACGACACGCUAUGGGCUAUCGAAGAGCAAAGCCCACGCGCUCCAGCCAUUCAAGGUACUAGCAAGAUGUCAACGAGUGAAGGCUCAAAUCAAGCCAUACAGUUGCCGAGCCAGGAUACCUUGACAAACGCUGCUCUCGUUGCUAUUCGCCAUUUCAAGGACGCUUUUCUUCAAUUUACGGAACCUCUUCUACAAGCGGAUCUGGAAGAAUUCACACACGAUGUGUGGCACGAAUUCUACAACCUUCUCCGGUCACAAGAAGCAAUAGCAAAAGACGCCUACCCUAGUACUGUCUCAUCUGGAGAGCGUAUUGACUUCAGUUUUACGCGAGAUUUCGAGACAGUCGCAAAUAGACUUCUAGCAUCGCAACAGUUUUUCACUACUGACCGUUUGAAUGGGUUCGUCCGUGGUUACGGGCGACGCUGGCAACGAGUUCAACAGGCAAAUGGCCAGGCACCAAUUGCUCCACCGCCAACGACGUUUGCUCAAUAUGUCACCGCGCAAGGAGACAGUUUCUACGAUGUUCUCCCAGGGUCGGGUGUGGACCCAGCGAAUCAAUAUGCCAUCACCCGGGGCGACUUCUACGAUUCUGCCCAAGGGUCGGGGUCGGAUCCUACGAAUCCAAAUGACGCUUCGGAUAAAGAGCCUCAGGAGACAAUCGAUCCUGCACUAAGGUAUGUCUGAUCUGGAGUCAGAUCUGGUGGUAAAAGCACCCAAUAUUGUUCACGGCGCUUUUGGUUGGAAUCAUUUCACGUGUUUUGAUUUUACGAUUGUUCCUGUAUUGGAUGAUCACGAUAUAUCCUUAUGCCAAUCUCAUAUUUCAGUGGUGGGAAGACUCCAAACCCGGUUUGAGGCGCCCCGGCGAACGUAUGUACUUUUCAUCUUGUUCAUAUUUCCGGGAAUGGACCAAAUUGCCCCACCAGUGUCACAGCGACAAAAGAGAUGUACACACUGAUACCUCGAGCUACCGAGUCCUGCAUUUCCCCACUCUGCGCCAUAUUUGUGGCUGCAAGACUUUUGCAUUCCUAGGA